AGCCCGGAGUGUGUGAGAUUGUACUGCCUAUUAUCAUCUGCGAGUUGAGCGACGAUGAUUUUUUGACAAAUGAAGAUGAAGGACAAACCCCUUUGGGGGAAAAUUCACUCUGCCUUACCUCUGGGGAAACUGAGAUUGUAGAAGAGGGCAGAGGAGCCGAAGGCGUUGACGAAGAUCCCUUGAACGAAGGCGCCCGAAGAGUGGAGCAUACGGAGGAGCAAGCGACGCCAGUUAACGUUACAAAAAAUGAGGGAUGUGAUGAAGAAGUGCCUCUUCCACGUGACGACUUAAAUGCGGUUUCGUUUCAGAAUGCAGUGGAUCAUUCAGCGCCUGAUCAGAACAGGGCGUUGGGCUUCUCAGACCCGAGGAGGCAGAACAGAACAGAAAAACAGGAUGGGGAAAUUAGCAACUUUGGGGGUGAUCACAGUGGUGACCAAAGGACGCUGGCCUCUCUGAGUACCCAGAAUGAAGGCGAGAGUAGCGUGGCAGACGGUGUCAUAAAGACGGCAGCAACAGCUUCACAGGAGACGGAUCCUGUUGCAAACAGAUCUAUUCAGGAGAGCCUUCCGGAGCUUCCCCCUGUGGAUCCGGGGAGAAGUGUUAAUGAUGAAGGUACUGGUCCUCUGGAGACUGGAUACGAUGAAACCGGCAAGAGCCCGAAAAAGAGCAGUGAACUCAGUGAGGAAACUUGCCAAAGUAACAAGUCGAAAGAGUUUCCAAAUGCUGCUGCUCAAAAUGAACCAAGUGCUUCAGCGUGCAUCAAUGGCAGUUGCCUUCCUGGAGGUUUUUCAGAAGAUGCUGAAAGUUCAAUGAGGGACGGUCGCACCAGUCCUGAGCCAGAUGUUGCCGGAAACCUUGUUCCACCUGAAGCGAGUGCCUGUCAAGAAGGGUGUGACACGCAAGGAAACACGAAUGACUCCAACGAAAAUGUAAAGAGUGACCAACAGUUGCCGGUGAAGAACCUAAAAGAAGCACUGCCACCAUGCAACAAACCCAACGACGACACUUCACUGACCUCCACAAGGAAGCGUGCAAAAACGACAGGUGGUUGGAAAUGCGUGUGUUGUCAUGUUGAAGGUACAUCUGCUCAUUUCAGAAAACACGUUUCUACCGUGCAGAAGAAUAAAAAUAAUCACAAAAUUGUCCAGAGACCAUCCUUCAGUUCUUCUGAACGCUGCCAUAACUUUAUAGAGAAAAGAAAAGCGCCAAAGAAGGGGAGGGCAGGUAGAAGCAAUCCUGGAGAAGAGACGAGGGAUGAGGAUAAACCGGCUGCGGAAAAGAAGGGAAAAAACAAGCACGAGAAAUUCUUCAGCAAAACGAAGGUGCCUGAGCCUUCGGAAAGCUUCUGCUGCAAAAUAUGUCCCUUCGUUGUCUCGGAUCCGAAAGAUUUUUCACAGCAUGUGAAAGAACACAACAAUGGACCGCCGUAUCAGUGUCCUCAGUGUGAACAUGCCUCCGACAACCAUUCAUCUUUUCUGAAUCAUUUGUACUGGCAUGCUGGCCACGAGCUCUACCAGUGUAACUUCUGCGCAUUUCUUUCUCCUAAUUCUGACAACCUGGUCAAGCACAGCUGCCUCCGUACAGAUGCCAAGCCUUAUUCAUGUGCUGUCUGCCGGCUGGGGUUCACGAGCGCGAGCGGCUUGAGCAGGCACGCAGGCACACACUGCGGGGCGCAAAACAGCAUCCAUUUGCAUGUCGCUCAGGAGAAAGAUGUGUGUCCUCCAAAGACCUAUGCGUGUGAUGAGUGCGACAUUGUGUUUUACAAACAGGCGCUUCUCCGGACUCAUAAGAAAUGCCACGAGCAAAAAGGGGGUCGUGAUGCACCUUCAAUUAAUGACAAAAAAUGCAAGAUUCAAGGAACAGCGUACAAACAGGCAGACGGCUCGCAGGAAGGGGAAACUAACAGCUCAGACAACUCGGUGGGGGGAAAAUCAGACUGUUUUGGGUGCACGUUUAGUUGUGACUGGUGCAGCUUGGUGUUUCGCAAAAAAGAACACUUGGUGUACCACAGGGCCGUUCACACACAAGCUCAACCAGGCGGGAAUGUAACCUGUAAUGGCCAACAGUCUGCAAGGGAUACAGGGUCGCCCGAAGCGCCGCCGGCUGGCACACCGGCUCUCAGGCUGUUCAAAUGCCUGCAGUGUGCUUACAUGACUCCCUCGUUCAGCAACCUGCGCAUACAUUUUGCUACCCACACUGGCGAAAAACCAUUUGAGUGCCGGGAGUGCGGCAAGUCCUUCCGAAACUCCAGCCACUUGAAGCGACACAACUCGAUGCACAUACAGAACCGCCACAGAUGCAGCUGGUGCCUUUUCAUAGGCAGCACGGCGGAGGACCUUAAGCGACACGAGGAGACCUGCAAAGACAAGGGUCUGGGGGGCAAAAGACUCCGCCCCUCCGCUUUGAAAUGCGAGAGCCCUGGGGAACAGACAGACAGAGGGGAAACAAAUAGAGGCGCUCUGUCCCAGGAGAGCGGGGCACGCUCUUACAAGUGCGAGCACUGCGGUUAUUCGACCUAUUCGUCAGACAACCUAAAGAGUCACACGAGAAUUCACACCGGCGAAAAGCCGUACGCUUGUGAGGUGUGCCAGAAGAAGUUUCGGACCGCUAGUCAUCUGAAGCGCCACGCAUCAGUGCAUCGGGAACUGAAGUUUGCCUGCAGCAGCUGUGACUUUUCAACCAGCACUUGGCAAUCCCUUAAGCAACACAUGGCUUCGCAUGGGGAAGGACCUCUUCCACACGGCGGCCAGAGUGAGAAGAAACCUCCCUUGCCCGUCAAAAUGUAUAACUGUGAAAAGUGCGGCUACUCAACGGUCAAAAAGGAAAACUUGAAGGUUCACCUCCGAAUACACACCGACGAGAGACCGUACAAGUGUCCUCACUGCGGCCACGCUUUCCGCACGUCGAGCCACUUAAAGAAACACUUGUCCACCCAUUUAAAGCUGCAGUGCGAGAAAUGUGAGUUUUCCACCCUGGACAAGUGCGCUUUGCAGAAGCACGCCCAGACUCACAGGAAGAAGAAGAAGCGUUCUACUGAUCAGGAGCAUUCAGAUGAUAAGAAGGUUUACAAGUGCAAUAGGUGCAGGAUCACGUUCUCCAGGCUGCGCCUCUUUCAGGCGCAUGAGAAAAAGCACAGGGAAUCAAACAAAUCAAACAAUAAAAAGACUUAAUCGCUUGGAUCGAGAACGCUUGUGGUUUCCUCCUGUCUGUUACGCGUGUGUACCUCUGACAUCCGACGUUUUGCUUGGCCCAAAAGCUCGCCUGAAUCAACAGCCGGGU